UCCAAAAUGGCGGGUGGUCUUGUGUUGUUUGUUUGGAAAGGUUUAACCGUUUUUCUGUGCUAAAUAGAAAUGGUUUUUCUAUGAAUUCUGGAACUGUAGUAUAACUAAGUCAAGUAUAUUAUAGUUUUGGAGAAUGCGGUUCAUCUGUGGCGGUCUUGAAUUUGCGUUGGCUAUACUGUGCUGUAUUUCUCCAGUAUCCUCUUCUGCUGGCGACAGAUCAUACAGGUUUCUAAAUUGUGUUAGUGAUUGUGAAUGGAUUUCAUGUAAUAUUGAGGGAUACCCCAGAGAUCUACCUUGGUACCUCCGGCUGUUUAGCUGGGAUUGUCUAGAUGAAUGCAAGUAUAAUUGCAUGCAUAAGGUUACAGCUGAUGAUGUUGCCAACAACAGGAGUAUCAAACAGUUUUAUGGAAAGUGGCCAUUUGUCAGGUGUCUUGGGAUCCAAGAACCAGCUUCAACUCUCUUUUCAAUACUCAAUGGUGUGGCACAUGUGGCUGGGUGGCAGAAGUAUGUUAGGGCUGUACCACAAGACUACCAAAUGUACAAUGUAUGGAAGACCUACAUGCUGGUUAACGUCAAUGCUUGGACAUGGUCUACCAUCUUUCACACAAGAGAUUUAAAUUGGACUGAGAAAUUGGAUUACUUUUGUGCCACUUCUCUUAUCUUGUUCUCCAUAUUUACUUUUUUUGUAAGGGUUGUUGGACCAGACAAUAAACUAAAGUGUGGGACAUUUGCUUCUGUCUUGUUACUCAUAUACUCUUGCCAUGUCUACUAUCUUGGUUUUGUCAAGUUUGACUACAGCUAUAAUAUGAAGAUGAAUGUCAUAAUAGGAGUUAUCAAUAUUUUAGGAUGGCUGAUAUGGUCUUUAAGGAAUUAUCACAAACAGCGUUAUGUUUGGAAAGCUGCAGCUCUUACAUCAUCAGUAUUCUUUUUAAUUGGCCUUGAGGUAUUCGACUUUCCUCCCAUUUGGUGGACAUUUGAUGCUCAUUCUUUGUGGCAUUUUGGAACCAUUCCUCUUUGCUACUUCUGGUACAGUUUUCUUAUAGAGGAUGCAAAGUAUCAACUUCGAGAAGAAAUAAGAGAGAAAAAUGAAUAGAAUAGAAUAUCUUGAUCAGAAGUGGCUUUUUGUAGUUUUUGAUGAUGAAGUUAAAUAAUAGUUAUAAUAUAUAUUACUGAAUAUUACUGAAUAUCAGAGAAAACGUUGAUUUAUAUAUGUGAAUAAUAAUGAGUAUAAAAAGGUGUGAAAACAAAGAAUGUAAUUUAGAUAUUGUACAAUAAAAUGACGAACAAAGAAAGAAAAAUAGAAUAUGUAAAUUUAACUUGAAUUAUGAAG